AUGGCUGGUGGGGCGGCCUCGAUGAGUCCUACGAGUCCUGUCAGCUCCCGUCAUGGUCAUGGCCAUGGGAACAGCAAUGGCACCAACAAGCGCAAGAGAAGCAGCAUGGUUGGCAUUGAAAGCAGCCCAGGCAGUAAUCUUGACGAUCACGAUGCUGAGCAGGAGAAGAAGCGCCAGCCUGGCGUCAAAAGGGCUUGCAACGAGUGUCGACAGCAAAAGCUCCGAUGCGACGUGGUGCAAGACCCUUUCCAAAGUUGCUCUCGGUGCAAUCGCCUGAAACUAGAGUGCAAAAUUGAAUCAAACUUCAAGAGAGUCGGCAAAAGAUCUAAGCACGCCGAGAUGGAGAAGGAGAUCGAUCGACUGCGUCGCAGUCUUGCUCACGCAAAGUCUCAAGGCUUCACUCCAGAAGCCGAUGAUGAUAUGGACUCUCCCAUUGCUGCGAGCAAUCCCACGUACACUCACACUCACACCCGAAAUCCUUCUUUAAUGGGUUCCGACGAAGCUGUCUCGUCCCUACUUCAUCUUAAGCGCGGCGGAAACUACAACAUGCCACGAUAUUCGCACAACCUGGAAAAUGUCAAGCUAACGGAAGAAGAUGUCAACAACCUUUUCCGACAAUUCUGGGCUUUCUAUCAUCAAUUUCUACCUUUCCUCAACCCUUCACAGGCACCUGAUCUCUUCUACCAACAACAUCCCCUCCUGUUCUGGUCCAUUAUCUCUGUCGCUGCCCGACGAUAUAACCCACCAAGCACAAACGAUCUGCUCAGCAAUCUCUCGGGACCUCUGACACGUUUCUUGUGGUCAACGAUAGGAGAAGUCCCGAGCAACUACUACGUGGUCAAGGCCAUGUGCCUGCUGUGCACAUGGCCGCUGCCCACAAGUACGACUUCGUCUGACCCUACGCACAUUUUGUGUGGCGUGAUGAUGAAAACGGCUACUGGAAUAGGUCUGCACCGGCCCAAUAACAUCCAAGACUUUUCUAGGGUGUCAGUUGAGUUGAACAAGGAACAGCUCAAUGACCGUGUGACAACAUGGGCUGUUUGCAACAUUGUUGCGCAGUCUGUUGGGACUGGCUACGGCCAGCCAGCGUCAACUCUUUAUGACUGGACUCUGGCCUCACGAGCUGGAGAAGAGAGUGCUUUCCAACUAUCGCGAGAUUUAGAGGCGCGGCUACAGAUUGAGAGAUUCUGUGACAAGGUCUCGAAGGAGAUGUAUAGCAACGCUAGCGAUCCCCGUGGCGUUGCAGGAGAUGAACACCGGGCAAUGCUGAUGCGUGUCUACCGUCGAGAUUACGCAGAGCUGAAUGCUUCCAUCCUUUCACAAGGGCUGGGCCCCAUUGUCUCUUUGCAUCUCCGGGCGGCGGCUCUUCACAUGCGCUUGGCCGGUUUCUUCGAUUCCAGUAAGACCCCAGGUUAUAUGGAUGACCUGAUGGGCUUAUGGCGCGCCACUACCGCUUUUCUCGACGAAAUUCUCGAAGUCGAUCAAGCAACUAGUCCUCCGGACAGCGUUGGCGGGCACUUACUUCUUCACUGUAGUAACUACAUCGGACAGAUGAUGGUUGCAGCUGGCUUUGCCCUUCUCAAGCUCAUGAGAUCGUUCUUCUCGAAGACUAUAGACUUCCAGCGAGGUAGAACGCUCUUCCAUCAGACGAUCCGGGCUAUCCGGGCUACCAGUGUUGUUAACAAUGAUCUUCAGUGGCGUUUGGCUGAACUCAUGGUGCAGAUGUGGAACGGCGCUCGACUCGAACAGAAUCAACAUAACUUCAACAGUAACGACAACUCACCGAUCCAAAUGGACGACAGCCUCCAGCUCAAGGUUCGAUGCCGUCACACUGCCAGACAACCGACAAAUCCAGAUUCGGCUAAUGAGUCUUCAGCAUCAUCAACACACAUGGACAGCACCCUCGUACCAUCUCACACCCUCCCACCUUCGAGUCUGCUCAGCACCAACAACACUCACAACAGCAACCCCAACUCGAACGGCGCCCUGACACCGGGAGCCACAGGACUCUCAGCUGUUUCGUCAGCCCAUAGUAUGAUGGCUGGUGUCAGUUACGGAGAUGCAGCCAACUACGACUUCUUCGACCCCCAGCACUGGAUGUUGGACGGCCUACUUGACUUUAACUACUCAUAUGUGCCUCCCUUGGAAGGCGCCUAG